AGGCGUUUUGGAUUGUCGCUAGGAAUCCAAAAAUAGUCAUCGCACGACUCGCUGCUGAAGAGUGCCCAGGAAGAGGUUUCUGAUGCCGACUCGUCACCGUCAACGCCGCGUACCGCUUCCUCGAUCGACGACGGCUUGUCACCCUUGGUCUCGGCCGCUAUGAUGAAGAAAAAGAGCGCCCCGAAGCUGCACUUCGGAAAUCGAAUACCUCACUGCGAAAAGGCCUACCAGUGGAUCUAUACGCAACAAGCCAUCAAAAACCCCUUUGGAUGCCCAAGGAAAUAUCCGCCUCUAUGGUAUUCUGGUGCCAGCUCCUCGAACGCUCGAUAACAAGGGUAUUUUCGAAGGGGUUCGGCGAUUUGCCUUUCUUUUGGAGACCACUCGUCCAGGCACAUUUCCUGAUCCACCGUUAAUCGCUGCUCUUUUGCAUCUGAAGUCUCCAGUGCUGGCUCGUGCAGCGCUUCUCCUCGAAUGCUGUCAUUUCGUCUCGCGAUGCAAUCGAGGUCAAUGGCCUGAGUGGAUUCGCAGUAGUCAUCAUCGAACACUCAGUCUUGGUGGGCCUCUGGCUAAUCGAGGCACUCCAUCAGGCACUCGCAGGAUGCAUUCUCUUCAACGAACAGCUGGCCGGUAUUUUUAUCAGUGGGCUAUACAGAUAGGAGAUCAAUUAUCUCGACUAAUCGACAUCAAGGAGUCGAAGGAAAAGGCAGUGCUUAAGAUGGAGGACUCAAUGGAGGACUUCUUUGACGAUGGUGAGCAGAUCCCUCCACCUCUUGUACAUUCCGUUGCCAAACUUAGGUAG